AUGCCGACAGAAUUAGAAGAGUUGGUUGGCUUCAUCACCGACCCUAAGCCAGAGAUUCGAGCCCUUGCGACAGAGCAUCUAGUUCCCUAUUCGGCGUCGCAACCAGCCAUAUUUAAGGCGGAAAAGUUAAAGCCCAUAAAUAAUUUGAAGCUGCUUAUUAAGGACCACCCGAAAAUAGCCGAGCAUGUGGUGACUAUACUGAUCAAUCUUGCCGCGGAUCGAGAAAUCCUCGAAGCUCUAGCUACGGACGAUAAAUUUUUAGAGGAGAUCUUGAGGCAAAUCAUCGUCCCCACGGAGCCCAACGCGAACCUCCUAUCUAUGCUGCUGGCAAAUCUUGCAAAAUGGGACUCCAUGAAGAGAGUCUUAGACAAGAAGCAGCCACCGACACGCGAACUCGGGGCAAGCGAUUCGGUCAUGAAUCAGUUGGUUGAUCUGUUUGUUAGGGGUGCGGCCGGCACAUACAACAAGGAUGCCGACUUCGAUCAUUUAGCUUACCUCUUUGCCGAUCUAACAAAGCACCCUGAGAUACGACAUUACUUUGUGCGGGAGCAAGAGUACGACGGGGUGAUACCUCUUACGAAGCUCAAGGUCUUCACCGAGCACAAGUCAGACGUUCGACGGAAAGGAGUCGCCUCCUCUAUUAAGAAUGUAGCCUUUGACGUGCCGUCCCACCCCCUCUUCCUAUCCGAAGACGACAUCAACAUCUUACCGUAUAUCUUGUCACCGAUCAUGGGGAAUGAGGAGUACGACGAGGACGAGAUGAUGUCGAUGUUGCCCGAUCUUCAACUGCACCCCCCGGAUAAGCAGCGUGAUCCCGACCCAAACAUCAUUCAGACUCAUGUCGAGACGCUGCUGCUUCUAUCGACCACCAGGAAAGGUAGAGAUCAGAUGCGCGAGGUCCAGGUAUAUCCGAUUAUUCGGGAAACCCACUUACGGGUGGAUAACGAAGGUGUCCGCGACGCCUGCGAGCGGCUGGUCCAGGUGCUAAUGCGAGACGAGGAACUGGAUAAGGAGGCGGAGCACGCCAGAAAAGUCGAAAGGAACGGCGCCGGGAAUGAGGAUGAAGAUGACGAUGACCAGAUCAUCGAAGUGUAA